AUGCAGCACACAACUCCGUGGAAGAGACGAAGUCUCAUUUCCUCCAUUUCUAUAUUGGGUUUCUUGACAUGCCCAGCCUUCGGAGAAUCAGUGUGCGAAGCUUCUUCCUUCCAAAACCUGGAGCUGCCAGGCGGCGAGAUUCUCGACAUUGCUACAAAAACACACACGAACUUAUCAUUCGAAGUUCCCGCGGAGCAAAACCAUUACGCCACUGCGGUGACCGAUCUGAACGCUUGUGAAGUGAUCAUCACGUACACGCAUCCCGGCUCUAAUGACACUAUCCACACGGUCGUUUGGCUACCCUCGCCUGAGAAGUGGACAGGAAGACUCUUGGGCGCCGGUGGUGGAGGAUGGGCUGCGGGACCCGAAACCAACACCACACUCCCAUGGGCGGCCAGCGAGGGUUUCGUUACAGUCGCGACAGACGGAGGUCACAUCGGGCAGGAUAUCAGCUGGUCGCUUACUAACUCUGGCAAAGUCGACUGGGUGUUGCUAGAAGACCUUGCCUCGAUCUCUUUAGAUGAUGCCGCGACGCUGGGCAAGGCGGUCAUUCAUUCUUACUAUGGCAAAGCACCGAGCUAUAGCUAUUGGAAUGGAUGUUCGCAGGGCGGAAGACAAGGUUACAUGAUGGCGCAGAAGUACCCCAAUCAGUAUGAUGGUAUCUUGGCGGUUGCACCGGCUAUCUACUGGAACGAGUUAAUGAUGCAACUUUUCUGGCCGCAGGUUGUCAUGAACGAGAAUGGGUUUCCGACUCCGCAGGAAUUUGAGGCUAUCAACGUUGCUGUUGCCGAAGCCUGCGACGGUCUCGAUGGUCUGGAGGACGGCAUCAUAUUGGCACCUCAAGACUGCACCUUUGACCCAAUGACCGUCGUUGGCAAACAAUACCUCUGUCCCUCUACCAACCAAAGCAUGACCAUCACGAAUACCCUAGCCAAGGUAGCAAAGUUGAUAUGGCAAGGCGCAACAACUCCCGAAGGCGAUUUUCUGUGGUACCCCGGCAACAUCGGGGCUUCAUUCGUUGGCCUCGCAUCAACAACAUGCAGCAAGAACAAUUCAUGCGUCGGCGUACCGUUUGCCGUACCUCAAACCUGGAUUACCGACUUUGUCAUCCGCGACCGCGAAUACGACACCGCACGAAUGAACAUCACAUACUUCGAGCAACUUUUCCACGAUGCUGUAGCCCGCUAUGACUCUGUUAUCGGAACCGCAAACACAGAUCUUGACGGGUUUCGAAAAGCGGGUGGCAAGCUCCUUUCGUGGCAUGGGCUGGCGGAUAUGGCUAUCGCGCCUGAUGCGACUGCGCACUAUGCGCAGCAGGUGCAUGAGCGUGAUCCGAAUUCCAGUGAUUACUAUCGCUACUUUGAGGCGCCUGGGGUGGAUCACUGCGGGGGUGGGCUGGGUUGGUAUCCUGGCGAUAGUCUCAAGACCCUCAUCGAUUGGGUAGAGAAGGGUGCGGCACCUGAGGUGCUGGAAGCGGAGACUACGCAGGAAGUCUGCGCAAUUCUCGGCGGAGUGGGUUCGAUAUUCAGCAUCGUGAACGGUAUCAGUAAAGUCGUCGGUACCAUCAGCGACCUUCAGACGAAGUGGGGCGAGGCUGAUCUUACUUUGUUGAGUCUUGCGUCCCAGCUCAUUGCUCUACGGGCUGCCUCGACAAAGAUACAAGAAUGGAUAGAUCAAGAUCUCCAAGACACCCAUCACCAACUUGUCAUGGACCUGGACGUAUCGGUAUCCUGUUGCAAGUUACUGAUGACCGAGAUCGAGAGCUUCUUCUCCGACCUUGCGCAACUAACGGAGAAACCACUCGAUCUUCGCGACAAGUUCAAAGUUGUAUUCGGAAGUUACGGGCCGGAAAGUGUACAGAAGCUCAUCGAGCACCAAACGAGCUCACUGACUCUUUUGCUGACAGCUUGUAACUGCAAAACUCUCUCUGAGCAGCAACGUAUUCUCGGUACAAACAAGACUAGGAAAGUCCUGGAUCGAGCAAAAGCAGACUCGAUAUCUCUCUAUGUUCAUCGUGACUCUGCAUCUCUCACCAGCAAGAUGACCGACAACAUGUCAAAGAUAUCGCGUGUCUUCGAAUUCGACUCGAACAUCUUCUCUACGGGAGUCUACGAGCGGGCAUUCCGGGGGUCAGUCAGAGAUCUGCUAAGGCGACGGCAGCAAACCCUCAGAUCUCACCCAAUAGCUUCGUCGGCAGUAGAACCAACACCAACGCCCGGAAGCUUGCAGAGUAUAUGCUUCCUAGGACCUGACCAGAUCGGCAUGGAUUUGUUGAUUGACACCAUUCAAACUGAUCAACAUCACCUUCACGACGAGUGGGCCUUACACCAGUGGGAGCUACGAAAGCUCUUCCUGAGCCUUGUAAUCACUAUCGUCAGGACUCGUUCAGACCACUGCGAUGAAGAAGACGCCGGAAUUGUCAUGCGAUUCAUGCGAACUGAAGAGUACCUAGAGCGAUACUCUGAGCUGCACUCGGUAUCUCAUAAGGCGCUAGGAGCUUCUUUGUUCACCGCAUAG